AUGUCAACAAUAAGGCCAACUCUGUCACAGAGACAUUUGUCAGCAACAUUUAUGUCAGGAAGCUCAAAACUACCAGAUUAUGGAUUGACAUCAAGUAUUCACUUGGAAAAAAAGAAGGGUCAGUUUACCUCACCUGGAUACCCCGGCAACUAUCCGGACAAUGCAAUCUUCACCUGGAUAAUAAGAACCGGGUACACUGCAGCUAACGUGAUAUUCAGAAUUCAUGAUAUGAAUAUUAUAAACACAAAUCCUUGUGACGACUAUCUCGAAGUUAAAGAGGUCGAGCCAUGCUGCUUUACCGUAUUUAAAAGAUGUGGUGAAUUAAAGAACAUGGCCUUUUACACGAGAGGGAAUCAGAUAAGAGUGUCGUUUAUAUCUGACAGAAUUCUGAAUGCAAAAGGAUUUAAUCUUUCUUGGACAGUCGCUUCACCACAAACACCACAACCAAAAGUUACCAAGAUUAGGACAACAACCCUUUCAAAGACAUCAAUUAAAAUAUAUCCAUCUAAAUCAACAACAAAAUUGACAACCACUCCUGCAUCAAGAACUGCAUCAACAGCACAAAAAAUAACAACCAUUUCUACAACACCAACCAAAACAUUUUUGACAUUUCAAACGGAAGCUGAAAUGUCAACAUAUGGUUUGACAACAAUACGGCCAACUCUGUCAUCUAGAUAUUUGUCAAUACUAUUUAUGUUCCGAAGAUCAAAAUUGACAGGUAAGAAAGUUACAAUGUAGCAUUAAAGAUCUCAGGAAAAAUCCGCACCAAUUGUGUAAAAAUGAAUAUAUCAUAAG